AUGACACAUCCAAUGCUCUCAAAGGUAUUAUAUCUCCAUUGCUCUUCACUCUUGCCCAUAUGCAAACAUCUCGACCUGAGUUUCAACAACUUUAUGCUCUCAAAGUUACCUGCAGAGAUAUCAAACUUAACGAAGUUGACUUAUCUCAAUCUGUCGAAUGCGAUGUUUCAAGAUUCCAUCACCACACAAUUCUCAAACCUUACAUCUCUAAGGUCUCUUGAUCUUUCGUGUGCUAAUUUAGUAGCUGAUUUGUCUUCUAUUUCUGUUAGCUUGACACUAAAACCAAAGUUGGAUUUUGGCUCAACGUCCUCUUUUAUCAGAUAUGGUCGAUUAUCCAGUCAAAAUAUAAGUUGGUUAGAAGGACUCAGAGGCCUCAGAUAUCUAGUAUUGACUGGGGUUGAUCUAUCAAAGGCCUCCGAAUCAUUUCAUUGGGCUAAACCAAUAUCAAGUCUUUCAAAUCUCAUGUCACUUCGAUUGUCCAACUGCAACAUUUCAGGAAGAAUUCCGACAGGGCAAUUACUUAACCUUACAAAUCUUUCCACUCUAGAAAUGAAUUCUAACAUUCUAACAUCCACGAUACCUGAUAUGCUAUCCAACCUCACAACCCUCUCAGCUCUUGAUUUUAGUGGCAACGAUUUAGAUGGUCACAUCCCUUACCUUCCUCAACUUGAAGAACUUGCUGUUUCUAGCAAUCCUUCUGUGACCAUAGAUCUUGUUUCAAUGUUUUCAGUUCCAUGGUCAAUGUUGACACUUCUUGACAUAGGCUUCACUCAGGUAGGUGGAACAAUCCCUCCUUCUUUAAACAACUCAACCUUAUUAACCAUUUUCCGAGCUGAUGGAUGCUCGAUCCAAGGGUCGAUCCCUUCUUUGAUUAGGAAACUUAAGAAAUUAAGUAUGCUGAUGCUCAAUGACAACAAUAUCACAGGCCAACUUCCUGUAUCCAUGUCCAGUUUAAUAAACCUUCAAUACUUAUCUGUGUUCCAGAAUCAAUUACAAGGGUAUAUUCCAAUUUCGAUUUGUCAAAGCCCCUCCCUGGAGUACCUGAAUUUACAAUGGAACGAUCUAACAGGACGUCUUCCCUUGUGCACACUUCAGCUUCCUAAGCUUUCAUAUCUUUAUGUUGAAGAAUAA